AUGGGUCACGCUGAAUUACAACCUGAAGAUAUAGAUGAAUCUAUCACCGCCCUAAGGGGAGCUCUCAAACGUACUUGGUAUGCUUUUUGUGAUACCACCAGUAUUCAUGGUUUAAAAUAUACCAAAGAUGAGGAAACUAAUAAAUAUAUAAGAUUUAUUUGGAUGUUAAUUUCCUUAAUAAUGUUCAUCUGUGCUGUAGUCAUGGUGGUUACUUUCUAUGUGGACUAUAGCAGCAAUCCUACACGUAUGAAUGUGGAAAAUGAUCAUGCCCCUAUAUCAAGUCUAAUAUUUCCACCCACAACCAUUUGUCCGGAGGUCAUGUAUAAUAUGCAGAAAUCUAAAGAGUUUUUAGAAACAUUAAUAUUGCCCAAUUUUACUUCGGUCCCUGAUAUUUUAGAUCUUUUAGAUGCCAAUUAUGGUUUUAUGUACGAUGGCAUUAAAUAUUCUACCAAAGAAUUAAAUUUAUUGGAAGAAGUAUUGAUUCUUAAUAAUUUAAGUAUUUUACAAUUUAUUGGAAAAAUCAGUUGGAAUUGUAGCGAUAUUAUAUAUAAAUGUCGUUAUAAGGAUGAGAUUGUACCCUGUAGCCGAUUGUUUCAAAUUGCUCAUACUUUUAGUGGCUAUUGUUGUUCGUUUAAUUUAAAUCAAUCCAUCAUCAACUUUACCAAUCGUUAUGCCCACUCUGGACUACGUAAUGGUCUCUCUCUCAUUCUCUACUACAAUGAUAGUAUAUUCGAUCGUAUACAUUCGUAUUCCCAUGGUUUUAAAGUGCUCAUGCAACAAACGAAUGCUUUUCCCAGCGCUCACUCCGUAAUCAAAUUUGUACCACUCAACGAAGAAGUUUUCAUGACGGUACGACCAACCGAAACAUUUUGUUCACAAGCCGUUAAAGAUCUUUCUUUUGAAAAUCGUAAAUGUGUUUUUCCCCACGAAAGACCGUUGACUUUUUUUCGUUCCUAUAUUGGGGCUAAUUGUGAGCUUAAUUGUCGAGUUGAGUCAAUGCUAAAACUCUGCAAUUGUUAUACGUAUUUUUUCUUUAGUAAUCGAACCCAAGAUCGUAUAUGUUCGUAUAAGGAUAUUCCUUGUUUGGUGGAUAAUUUUGCUGCUAUUAUUGGCCGUUAUAAGACGACUCAGUGUUCCUGUUAUAGAAGCUGUGAAAAGAUCGAAUAUGAUGUUCAGGUCACCAGUGCACCUUUGGAAUUGAAUAUUCCCACUAUAGACACCUUUUACGAUGGCAUUAAAAAGGACUAUAGUGUUGUUCAUGUCUAUAUAAAUUCUCAAGUUUUUCGCCGAGUACGUCAUGAUCUCUUAUCCAAUAUGGUGACAUUGGUCUCAAAUUUAGGCAGCGCUUUCAGUUUAUUCGUGGGCAUGAGCAUGGUUUCUGCAGUGGAAAUUUUCUAUUAUUUUUCCAUUAUAUUAAAUAAAUAUUAUCGGCAAGAAUGUCGUGCCAGGGAAUUGUUAUUUGAGCAGAAAGUACAAAAAGAAACGGAUGAAAUUAAAAGGAAUGAUGAGCUAAACGAACCUAAAAGUGGCGAUCAAAUAAAUAUACAAGAUAUGGAAGAUUAA